AUGGCGCAUUCAACUCAAACCUCUCUGUUCCUUUUCCUUCUCCUUGUUUCAUUAGGUAAAGUAGUUUCGGCCACAUUAUUCACCAUCGAAAACCGUUGCAGCCACACGGUCUGGCCCGGAACCCUCGCCGGCAAUGGCGCUGCCGUUCUCGGUGACGGUGGAUUUCCAUUACUGCCGGGGUUAUCCGUCCAGGUCAAGGCUCCGGCGGGCUGGUCGGGGCGUUUCUGGGGGCGAACUGGCUGCGAGUUCGACGGCACCGGAAAAGGAAAAUGCGUCACCGGAGACUGCGCGGGCGGGAUGAAAUGCACCGGGGGAGGCGUUCCGCCGGUGACGCUGGCGGAGUUCACAACCGGAAGUGCGAGCAGCGGCGGAAUGGACUUCUACGACGUGAGUUUGGUGGACGGUUACAACGUGGCGAUGGGGGUGAGGGCUACCGGGGGAACCGGUAAGUGCCAGUACGCGGGGUGCGUUGUGGACUUGAACCGUAACUGCCCAAAGGAAUUGCAGGUGAAGGUGGAGGGAGGGAGGGUGGUGGCGUGCAAGAGCGCGUGCGAGGCGUUCAAAAGGGCGGAGUUUUGCUGCACCGGCGAACACUCGACGCCGCAGACAUGCAACCCAAGUGAGUACUCGAAGAUGUUCAAGAAUGCGUGUCCAAUGGCGUAUAGUUACGCUUACGAUGAUGCUUCCAGCACUUGCACCUGUUCUGCCUCUGAUUACGUUAUCACUUUUUGUCCCAACCACUCUUCCUAA